UCUCUCUCUAAUUAAAAGGGCACAAAACACAUAAAAGAAGCAGCAGCAGAACACAUAGAAGAGAGAUAGACAGAUGGGUCGUUCUCCUUGCUGUGAGAAAGCCCACACCAACAAAGGUGCAUGGACCAAAGAAGAAGAUCAGCGCCUCAUCAACUACAACAGAGCCCAUGGCGAGGGCUGCUGGAGAUCUCUCCCCAGAGCCGCAGGUUUGCUGCGUUGUGGAAAGAGUUGCAGAUUAAGAUGGAUAAAUUACCUGAGGCCUGAUCUCAAAAGAGGCAAUUUUACUGAAGAAGAAGACGAGCUCAUCAUCAAACUCCAUAGUUUACUUGGAAACAAAUGGUCUCUAAUUGCUGGUAGAUUACCCGGAAGAACGGACAAUGAAAUCAAGAACUAUUGGAAUACCCACAUCAGGCUAUCAACCUCUAGUGUGAAUGAUAGCAGGAAUAGGCAGUUGAAGUUUGUAAACAUCAAAUACAAGUGUAAAAUAAGAGCUGUAGUGAAGAUCUCAGAGUCAGCUCAGAACCCAAACAAGCUUUACUAUCUAUGUCCAGAUGACAUAUAUGGAUCUGCAUCAUGGUGUGUGCCCAUUGAUGCACCAGGGGAAUAUGAUUUGACUAUGGAUGCACCAAGGGAAUAUGGUUUUACCAUGAAUGCACCAAGAAAUGUGGGAGAAGUUACUCUAGAUGAUUCUAAAAGUCUAAAGAGAAAAGUAAAAAAGCUGGAGAAGUUCAAUGAAACAUUGAAGAUUUUUUGGAAGAUCAUGUUAGUUUUGUUUAUUGUUAUGUUUGUUGUCAUUAUUGUAAAGAUUUGCAAUAGGAAAGAUGGAAAUCUUGGUGGAACUUUUGUUUGUUGUUAG